AUGGCGUCACGAUCUAGGAUGUUAGUUCAAUUAGCUACAGGUGUUAAAAAUAAUUUAAGUGUACAACUAAGUAAUUCAAACUCUCACAUAGAUAUUUUAACACAAGACGAGAAUGAAAAUGCCAAAAGUUCGACCAUUACAUUGCAGACAUCAAAAGAAGACAGCGACGACUCGGUAAAGGAUCCUGAUUAUGAAGCCCAACCAACAAAACAUGCUGAGUAUUCUUCUGAUACUGGCGAGGAACAAAAUAUCACUACCAACGAUACAAAUAUUUCGGAUGAUCAUAAUUUGGUAACAUCUAAUAUGGUUUCAAUAAACAUUGAAAACUACGAGGAACCACUUUCGUCUACAAACGAACAUGCUGUGGUAUUCAACGAUCCAGGUGUCAUAGAGAACAGUGAACUUUCUGCGAUUGAAAACGUAAGCAACGAAAAUGCUGCAAGUCCAAUAGUAUAUAAUUCUAGUCCAACUAAAACUGGUAAAAAAGAAGACUAA